CCCUUUUUCUCUUUUACUUUUUCCUCUUUUUACUGUAUUUUUUUACUAUUUUCAUUACACUAUUAUUUGCUUCUUUUUCCUUUCUCUCUUGUAGCUUAAUUACCACUUUUAUAUAUUUUUUAUUUAAGGAAACAAUACACAAAUUUUUAUACAAUGGACAGCAAUUCAUCUUUGGUGUUAUUAUCAUCAGUGGGAAGCAGCAUAUCGACGGUACUUGGAUGGACGUAUUUCGUAGCGUGGUCAGUGAGUUUUUAUCCACAAAUAAUCCUCAACUACCGACGAAAAAGUGUCGAAGGUCUCUCUAUUGACUUUCUCAUCUACAAUGUCUAUGGGUUCGCCUGCUAUGCGCUCUUCAACACAGCGUUUUACUUUAGCAAAUCGAUCCAAGACGAAUACUCCCAUCGAAACAACGGUCACAGCCACCUAGUGCGCGCCAACGACCUCUUCUUCUCCUACCACGCGCUCCUCCUAAGCCUCACAACAUUUCUCCAAUCCCUCUACUACAAACGCACAUCAACACAACGAGCAUCCACUGUUUCAAUAUCGUAUUUCCUCUUGACACUAACUGGACUCCUUGUUUUACUAGCAUGCGGUAGUGGUGGUGAUGCUGCCGCUGGUGUUGGUGGUAAAUGGGGUGUAUACGAAGUGGUUUUGGUCAAGUAUGUGCCGCAGAUAUGGCUGAAUUACUGCAGACAGUCGACGGUCGGAUGGUCUGUGCACAACAUCCUGCUGGAUUUUACCGGCGGCUGCUUGUCCUUUGUGCAGCUCUUCUUGGAUGCCAUACGGGAGGGCGACGUCGGCGGCGUUUGGGGGAACCCAGUCGGGUUCGAUUUGGUGUUUUUGGUCCAGCACUACGUUUUGUACACGGAGAGGUACGAUCCGAAGGAUAUUGAGUCACAGUUGAGAUAUAGACAAGUAACGAAUUACGGAUCGGCUGAGAAUAGCGAGAAUGAAGAUAUUUAAAUAAAAAAGAU